AGUGACAAAAAAGUUUUAAUUUUUUAUGUAAGAAUUUAGAAAGCUUUCGUCUAAAAAUAUUUUUAACCACAUAAAAGCGUGCCAAUAUAUUUAAUUGAAAAUAAAAUAAAAUAAAAUAAAAUGUUCUUCUCAAGCCAAAAAUUAUUUUUCUAAAGAGUGACUAAAAAACGUUCAAUGCACAAUAAAUGAUCAAAAAAAAAAAAGCCUCAGAAAAAAAAAUCGUCGCUUAUGUUUAUAUAUUUUCUUAUUCUUUUCACCGAUGCUUUGAGAUUGGUGAUUUUUUCUCAAUCGAAUGAACUUUGAAUCGGAAUUUUGAUUAUUGCUAUUGUCAAAUUUGAUAGUUGAGAUUAUAAGCUUAAAAAUGGCGUCAAUGGUUCUUAAAGGUAGUAGCAGUAGCAGUGGUAAUCAUGUAUCUCCAUUGCUGUCAAUUCAAGAAAAAGGUAGCCGAAAUAAGCGAAAAUUCUGUGCUGAUCUGCCGUUAGGUGAUCAAAAUAAGAUUAUAACUACACCUCAAAGUGGAUGUCCGAGUUAUGAGUUUUGUGCUGAGAAGUUCGAAAUCACCCCUGUCCAUGGUCAAGCUAGUGCAUGCGACUUGUGUAGUGUGAGCCAAGAUCAUUCCGGCGGAUUGAAACUCGACCUGAGAUUGUCUAGCACGUUAGGUUCUUCAGAGGUUGGGCCAAGUCGGGCUAAAGAGGAACUAGAGGCAAGUCGGGCUAAAGAGGAACUAGAGGCAGAUGAAUUCCAAGAUGCAGAUUGGAGUGAUCUCACGGAAUCUCAGCUAGAAGAACUUGUUUUAAGCAAUUUGGAUACAAUAUUCAAGAGUGCAAUAAAGAAAAUCGUUGCUUACGGUUACACAGAAGAAAUUGCUACUAAGGCAGUCUUGAGAUCAGGCCUUUGUUAUGGUUGUAAAGACAUGGUCUCAAAUAUAGUGGAUAAUACCUUAGCAUUUCUAAGAAGUGGCCAAGAUUAUAAUCCUUCAAGAGACCACUAUUUCGAGGAUCUCCAGCAGAUGGAAAAGUAUAUAUUAACGGAACUGGUUUGUGUUCUUCGAGAAGUCCGGCCUUUCUUCAGCACUGGGGAUGCUAUGUGGUGCUUAUUGAUUUGUGAUAUGAAUGUGUCGCAUGCUUGUGCUAUGGAUGGUGAUCCUUUGAGUGGUUUUGCUGGUGAUGGAGGUUCUAAUGGGAUUUCUUUUUCUUCAAACCAACCCCAGUUGAAGCCUGAAGCCAAAACUUCUGAAUUGAAUCUUCCAAAUCCGUGUAGACCAGUUCCAUCCUUUCCUUGUUCUCAUAGUUCUCCACCUGAGGUACCUUCUAUGGGAAUCAGCAACACAACAAAAUCGAAGAAUUCUGUUGGUCUAAGUGGUAUAGUCUCGGAGAAAGAGGGAACAAACUCCACUGCUGAUAGUGCAGAUAAAACUUUCAGUGCGGUGGGAACCUCUCAGUUUUCAGCAAUGGAAGAGAAGUUUGUGGCUUGUAGAAAGACUCACUCUACCAAGAGAGAAUUUCUUCGGCAGAAGUCACUUCAUCUGGAGAAAAACUACAAGACAUAUGGAUCUAAAGGGUCAUCGAGAGCUAAAAUGAGCAGUUUGGGAGGUUUAGUCUUGGACAAGAAAUUAAAAUCUGUCUCCAAUUCUUCUACUGUUAAUAUAAAAGGCGCAUCUUUGAAAAUUAAGGCAAUGGGAACCGAUGUCUCUCAAGAUAAUGGGAGUCAUCUUUUUGCUAAUUUGGGCCCGUCUUCUUCUACAUCAUUUUGCUUAGAUAAUGAUAGUAAUAUUUCUGCAGUGCCUAAGACCGAUAUAGCGACUAUUUCUCCCCCAGUAAACAUGCCACCUGAAUUACUACCUAUGAAUAACCCACCUACAAUAUCAACUACUGAUACUGAGCUUUCCCUUUCAUUGCCUACCAAAAGCAAUUCAAUUGUAGUGCCUCCUGUUUCACAUUUCAAGGUUGCUAAUCCUAGCUAUGUUGGGAUGCCAUUUGGUAAUUCACUGGGGGAUUGGGUCCCUCAGGAUAAUAAGGAUGAGAUGAUUUUGAAGCUGGUACCGAGGGUGCGGGAACUGCAAAAUCAGCUCCAAGACUGGACAGAGUGGACUAAUCAAAAGGUUAUGCAGGCCGCUCGUCGAUUGAGUAAAGACAAAGUUGAACUUAAGACUUUGAGGCAAGAGAAAGAAGAAGUUGAACGGCUUAAGAAAGAGAAGUUGAGUUUGGAAGAAAACACUAGGAAGAAGCUCGUCGAGAUGGAUGUUGCUUUGUCCAAGGCUAGCGGGCAGGUGGAACGCGCUAAUGCUACUGUCCGCGGGCUUGAGGUGGAAAAUGCAGCACUAUGGCAGGAAAUGGAGGCUGCAAAAUUACGUGCUGCAGAGUCGGCAGCUAGUUGUCAGGAGGUAUCAAAGAGGGAGAAGAAAACUCUGAUGAAAGUUCAGUCUUGGGAAAAGCAAAAAAACUUGUUCCAGGAAGAGCUCAUGACCGAAAAGCGCAAGGUCACCCAACUUCUACAUGAAUUACAGCUGGCUAAAGUUAUCCAAGAACAGUUUGAGGUUAAAUGGCAACAGGAACAGAAAGCAAAGGAAGAAGUAGUUACUCAGGCUAGUUUGGUAAGGAAGGAAAGAGAACAAAUCGAGGCUUCAACAAAACUACAAGAUGACAUGAUUAAGUCCAAAGCUGAAACCAGUUUGCAAAAAUACAAAGAGGGUAUUCAGAAACUUGAACAAGAAAUUUCUCGAUUGAGACUGAAGAUGGACUCCUCAAAAAUAGCUGCACUUCGGAGGGGCAUUGAUGGAAGCUAUGUAAAAUAUAUUAGCAUGACUCAGAAGAAAUCUCGAACCCCUUUUAUCUCAGAAGUGGUGACAGAUUUCCAGGACUUCUCCGGGGAGGGAGGUGUGAAACGUGAACGUGAAUGCGUGAUGUGUUUGUCGGAGGAGAUGUCUGUGGUUUUUGUCCCCUGCGCGCAUCAGGUUGUUUGCACUACGUGCAAUGAGCUCCACAAGAAACAAGGGAUGAAAGACUGUCCUUCCUGUCGGAGUCUCAUCCAGCGCCGUAUUCCUGUCCGGUAUGCUCGGUCUUAACUUUAAUAUCAAAGUGAGUUGAGUGCUCUGAAUAAUGUUUGUGGGAACUUUUCCAUUGAAUAAUGCAUUUGAGUUGCAGUUUGAGUCCGAGACAA